UACCUCUUAAUGGUUCAGACCUCUUUACCAGUAAAGUGGAUUGAAGUUUAUUUUGAUAUCCAUCUCAAAAAAGAAAGCAAAAAGAAGUAUUGGGCCGGAGAGCUGGACAUUAAUAGUCUUGAGGGAUUUGAGUUUAUUUCUGAAAAAUCAAGAGAAAUCUAUUUACGGUACAGAAGUGAUAUGAUCAAGUUGCAUGGGUCGGAUCUCAACCAACAUCCGGAUGAUCUUGAUGUGUGGGUGAGAGUGGCAGGAGAUAAAAAGGGCCGGAUGUUCGGGGUAGGAUCUUCGGAUCCUAAUUUCGCGAUAACUGGGAAAUUGUCUACAUCUACCGAAUCUAAAUUAUAUUUUGAUGCCAUAAGGUCGCAAGAGGAGGUUGAAAAAGUCCGAGUUGAAAUGGAAAAGGAACUUGCAACUGAAAGGGAUGCGAGACAAGAGUUGGAACAAAAAGUGCAACAGAUGGAAAAAGAAAUGAAAGAAAAUGAAGAAAAGAGGCAAAAACAAUUUGAAGAGUUUAUGAAAAAAUUCCAGCCUCCCGUUAGUCAUUAG